AUGGAGGUGGAGCCGCUGUUCCAUAUGUCGGGCCUGGGGGCGGUGGUGAGCUGCGUCGGACUGGCGGGGUGGUUCGUGGGGAGCCUCUACCUGUGGCCUGACUUACACCGGAUAGAUCGCAACAGUCCCGUGGUGAUCAAGCGCCGCUUCGCAAGCGUGGGCCUGGCCUGCGUGACUGCCGUCAUAUACCUCUACUUCUGGGCCAACGACCGUGACCUCGGAAAGGUGAUGGAGUGGAUGGGCGUGCGGACGACCGGCAUCAUCCAGGCGGCCAUCAUCCCGUUGGCGCUGACCAUGGUGCUCUUUGCCGGCCCGCUGGCGAUGACCUACUACGACGACUGGUUCUUCCACAUCCAACGCGGCACCCUCCACACCUACCUGUUCGACCAGCUCAAGGCCGACGUCUCCUCCCUCAUCUUCUGGCGAAACUACGUCGUGGGUCCGUUCACGGAGGAGUGGGUGUUCCGUUCAUGCAUGUGUCCUCUGCUCAUUUGCGGCGGCUUCAGCUGGACCCAGACCAUCUUCCUGUCGCCCUUCUUCUUUGGCAUUGCACACAUGCAUCACAUCAUCCAGCACCUGCACAAGCAAGGCACCGAGCUCAAGGACGCCUGGGCUGAAGUCCUCUUCCAGCUGUUCUACACGACCGUGUUCGGCUGCUACUCGGCCUUCCUCUUUUUGCGAACAGGUCACAUCGUGGCUCCCUUCCUGGCCCACGCCUUUUGUAAUAUUAUGGGAUUCCCUGCCAUCGAAUACAUCCCCAGCCACCCACACAAGGAGAAGUUGUACAUUGCAUUCGUGGGUGGGUUGAUCCUGUUUUUCGUCCUCCUCUUCCCGCUCACCUCUCCCUGGCUCUACUCGUCCCUCUACGACUGGUGA